AUGGACCUCAUCCCCCAGCUCCAAAGAGCCAUCCUCGCCCACUCCCUCCCUCCUCCAUCCCAAUCCUUCCUCACAACCCUCACAACCGCCCGCUCGCCUCCCCCACCAAUCCCAUCCCUCCUCGCAACCGCCAAAGCCCGUCUUCUCGCAUCCGACCUGACAAACACAUCCACCUCUGCCAUCAUCGACCCUUCAGCACCCGUUUUCCCAGCAAACAUCGAUGCAGCAACCGUUAAGGAGACGAGACUCGCGCAAAACACCCACGUUCAAGUCGUCGACAUUGAGAAUCUGAGCCUCAGCCGCUGGGAGCAGGUCGAAGAGCUCGAGGCCAUUGAGCGCGGGGAGCGCACGCGCGGGAGACAAGUCAUUCGCGUGGUUGCCCCUGAGGACGGCGAUAACGAGGCAGAUACUUCUACGACACAACAGACUCAGGCAUCUCGUCCGGCUGCUGCUGCUGCUGCUGCUGCUGCUACAACUACGGGGGGAGCAAACGCUGUGCAUCGGUUAGUGCUGCAGGAUAGACAGGGCAAACGAGUCUUUGCCGUGGAACUGAAGCGCAUAAACGGCAUUGGGAUUAUUAAGACGCACAUUGGGGAGAAGAUGUUGCUCAAGGCUGGAGCUGUCGUGGCCAGAGGAACGGUGCUUCUGACGCCGGAGACGUGCACGCUGCUGGGAGGCAAGAUUGAUGCAUGGCACGAGACGUGGAUGGAGGGCAGACUGGCGAGACUGAAGGAGAGUGUGGGAGCUGACCGGCCGCGAUGA